CACCCCAACUUAGAGGCUUGUCCUUUUGUUCCGACUUUGUCUCUGUUUCGUUGCAGCCGCCAAAGAUCUUGGUGUCGCCAUGGGCCGCCGCCCCGCCCGGUGUUACCGGUAUUGUAAGAACAAGCCCUACCCAAAGUCUCGCUUCUGCCGAGGUGUCCCUGAUGCAAAGAUCCGCAUUUUUGACCUGGGUCGGAAAAAGGCAAAAGUAGAUGAGUUCCCACUGUGUGGCCACAUGGUGUCGGACGAAUAUGAGCAGCUGUCCUCCGAAGCCCUGGAGGCUGCCCGUAUUUGUGCCAACAAGUACAUGGUGAAAAGUUGUGGCAAAGAUGGCUUCCACAUCCGUGUACGGCUCCACCCCUUCCACGUCAUCCGCAUCAACAAGAUGCUGUCCUGUGCUGGGGCUGACAGGCUCCAGACAGGGAUGCGGGGUGCUUUUGGAAAGCCCCAGGGUACAGUGGCCAGGGUCCACAUCGGCCAGGUCAUCAUGUCCAUCCGCACCAAGCUUCAAAACAAGGAGCACGUGAUCGAGGCGCUGCGCAGGGCCAAGUUCAAGUUCCCUGGCCGCCAGAAAAUCCACAUCUCCAAGAAAUGGGGCUUCACCAAGUUUAACGCGGAUGAAUUUGAAGACAUGGUGGCUGAGAAGCGCCUCAUCCCAGACGGUUGUGGGGUCAAGUACAUCCCCAACUGUGGCCCCUUGGACAAGUGGCGGGCCCUGCACUCGUGAAGGCUUUGCCAGCACUGCCCUCUCCCCAUCUGUUCCCGCCAAUAAACUACUUCCUGGGCGUCUUA